AUGGGGAGAUUGGCAUGGCAUCAUGGGAGUUAUCGCGACAUCAUGAUUCGAGCCUUCUUGGAUGGCUGGGAGUUGGGCGAUGGCGGCACUGGUUACGGCGUCACUUUGCCGUUUGAGGCGGGUGGCUUCCCUCUGCUGCUGCACGACCUGCGGUUCCAUGUGCAGGCAAGCAACCUGAUGGAACUGCAGUCUCCAGAAGACCUGGAGUGUCCGAAAUUGGUUGACGUGAUCAUGGCAGACGCGCAGGACCUGGGAAGACGGAGCCCAGCAAAUCAGCGAGCCAAGCGCCGCAAUAAGACCUCGAAAAACGCCAAACAAGGCGAUGAUUCCGAGGCUGCUGGGAUCGGCGCUGCGUGUGCCACAUUGGGAAUUUGGGCCCUGACCUUCCAGGAGAUCCGAUUGGGUCUUGGCAUGCUUCAGGAAGGAGGUACGUUUUUCUUCCGAUUUGGGUGGCGUGGACGUGGAGACCAGGAAGAGCACUGGUACCGCGAGGCGAUCCUGCGCUUGUUGGGGCUCGUGAUCGCCUUCUUCAAGGAGGUUUUCCCCUUCAAGUCCGAGAGCUUCCACCAGGCGGAUCCUUGUUUCUACGUGGUGGCUGCUGGCUUUCAGAGACAAGGCUAUGAAGAUGCAAUGCUGGAGACGAGGUUGAAGAGUGCAAUCCAGAGCAUUAUUGCCUGCGAAGCAGUGGGCGAUUUGCCGGAGUGCAUCCAGACGCUCGCAGAGUUCUCCACACCGUCAAAUCAUCAGCGCAUAGACGAGCUCCUGGACACUGUGAGCCGCGUGCGCGCAAUCGGCCUUUCCAGCCGAACUACAGUCGAGGCCGGUGGCAGAGAGAGCCCAGAAGCGCAGCUCAUCAUCCGCCCGGUACCUUAUCACUUGACCAUGCCACGGCUGCGUCAGCACAUGGAGUGUUACGGGAAGAUCGGUUACAUCCGACGGCGCUCUCAUGCUGUGGGUGUCGGUGCAGAUGCGUUGAUCCAGUUCGUUCAGCCGGCACAUGCCAAAAUGGCACUUGAGGCUAUAAACGACAUGAAAGUUCUGGGAGAAACUGUCGUGGCGAGGCUGGGAAAGUCUGGAUGA